AUGCUAGGCCCUUACGCUAGCCCCUUUCUCCCGCUUUCCAUCACCCCGCCCCGUUCUCCCGCUUUCCAUCACCCCGCCCCGUUCUCCCGCUUCCAUCACCCCGCCCCGUUCUCCCGCUUUCCAUCACCCGCCCCAUUCUCCCGCUUUCCAUCACCCCGCCUCAUUCUCCCGCUUUCCAUCACCCCGCCCCAUUCUCCCUCUUUCCAUCACCCCGCCCUAUUCUCCCGCUUUCCAUCACCUCGCCCCAUUCUCCCGCGCUUUCCCUCACCCCGCCCCAUUCUCCCGCUUUCCAUCACCCCGCCCCAUUCUCCCGCUUUCCGUCACCCCGCCCCAUUCUCCCACUUUCCAUCACCCCGCCCCAUUCUCCCUCUUUCCAUCACCCCGCUCCAUUCUCCCUCUUUCCAUCACCCCGCCCCAUUCUUCCUCUUUCUAUCACCCCACUCCAUUCUCCCUCUUUCCAUCACCCCGCCCCAUUCUCUCGCUUUCCAUCACCCCGCCCCAUUCUCCCGCAUUCCAUCACCCCGCCCCAUUCUCCCGCUUUCCAUCACCCUGCCCCAUUCUCCCGCUUUCCAUCACCCUGCCCCAUUCUCCCUCCUUCCAUCACCCCGCCCCAUUCUCCAACUUUCCAUCACCCCGCCCCCUUCUCCCGCUUUCAAUCACCCUGUCCCGUUCUCCCGCUUUCCAUCACCCCGCCCCGUUCUCCCGCUUUCCAUCACCCCGCCCCGUUCUCCCGCUUUCCAUCACCCCGCCCCGUUCUCCCGCUUUCACUCACCCCACCCGUUCUCCCGCUUUCCAUCACCCCGCCCCGUUCUCCCGCUUUCCAUCACCCCGCCCCGUUCUCCCGCUUUCCAUCACCCCGCCCCAUUCUCCCUCCUUCCAUCACCCCGCCCCAUUCUCCCUCCUUCCAUCACCCCGCCCUAUUCUCCCUCUUUCCAUCACCCCGCCCAAUUCUCCCGCUUUCCAUCACCCCGCCCCAUUCUCCCGCUUUCCAUCACCCCGCCCCCUUCUCCCGCUUUCUAUCACCCCGCCCCAUUCUCCCGCUUUCCAUCACCCGCCCCAUUCUACCGCUUUCCAUCACCCCACCCCAUUCUCCCGCUUUCCAUCACCUCGCCCCAUUCUCCCGCUUUCCAUCACCCCGCCCCAUUCUCCCUCCUUCCAUCACCCCGCCUCAUUCUCCCGCUUUCCAUCACCUUGCCCCAUUCUCCCGCUUUCCAUCACCCCGCCCCUUUCUCCCGCUUUCCAUCACCCCGCCUCAUUCUCCCGCUUUCCAUCACCCGCCCCAUUCUCCCGCUUUCCAUCACCCCGCCCCUUUCUCCCGCUUUCCAUCACCCCGCCCAAUUCUCCCGCUUUCCAUCACCCCGCCCCAUUCUCCCACUUUCCAUCACCCCGCCCCAUUUUCCCGCUUUCCAUCACCCCGCCCCAUUCUCCCGCUUUCCAUCACCUCGCCCCAUUCUCCCUCUUUCCAUCACCCCGCCCCAUUCUUCCGCUUUCCAUCACCCCGCCCCAUUCUCCCACUUUCCAUCACCCCGCCCCAUUCUCCCUCUUUCUAUCACCCCGCCCCAUUCUCCCUCUUUCCAUCACCCCGCCCCAUUCUCCCGCUUUCCAUCGCCCCGCCCCAUUCUCUCGCUUUCCAUCACCCCGCCCCAUUCUCCCGCCUUCCAUCACCCCGCCCCAUUCUCCCACUUUCCAUCACCCCGCCCCAUUCUCUCGCUUUCCAUCACCCCGCCCCAUUCUCCCACUUUCCCUCACCCCGCCCCAUUCUCCCACUUUCCAUCACCCCACCCCAUUCUCUCACUUUCAUCACCCCGCCCCAUUCUCCCGCUUUCCAUCACCCCGCUCCAUUCUCCCGCUUUCCAUCACCCCGCCCCAUUCUCCCGCUUUCCAUCGCCCCGCCCCAUUCUCCCGCUUUCCAUCACCCCGCCCCAUUCUCCCGCUUUCCAUCACCCCGCCCCAUUCUCUCGCUUUCCAUCACCCCGCCCCAUUCUUUCUCCUUCCAUCACCCCGCCCCAUUCUGCCUCCUUCCAUCACCCCGCCCCAUUCUGCCGCUUUCCAUCACCCCGCCCCAUUCUCCCGCUUUCCAUCACCCCGCCCCAUUACUCCCGCUUUCCAUCAUCCCGCCGCACUCUCCCGCUUUCCAUCACCCCGCCCCAUUCUCCCGCUUUCCAUCACCCCGCCCCAUUCUCCCGCUUUCCAUCACCCCUCCCCAUUCUCCCGCUUUCCAUCACCCCGCCCCAUUCUCCCGCUUUCCAUCACCCCGCCCCUUUCUCCCGCUUUCCAUCACCCCGCCCCAUUCUCCCGCUUUCCAUCACCCCGCCCCAUUCUCCCGCUUUACAUCACCCAGCCCCAUUCUCCCGCUUUCCAUCACCCCGCCCCAUUCUCUCGCUUUCCAUCCACCCGCCCAUUCUGCCUCCUUCCCCACCCCGCCCCAUUCUGCCUCCUUCCAUCACCCCGCCCCAUUCUGCCGCUUUCCAUCACCCCGCCCCAUUCUCCCGCUUCCAUCACCCGCCCAUACUCCCGCUUUCCAUCACCCCGCCGCACUCUCCCGCUUUCCAUCACCCCUCCCCAUUCUCCCGCUUUCCAUCACCCCACCCCAUUCUCCCGCUUUCAUCAUCCCGCCCCAUACUCCCCACUUUCCAUCACCCCGCCCCAUUCUCCCUCUUUCUAUCACCCCGCCCCAUUCUCCCUCUUUCCAUCACCCCGCCCCCAUUCUCCUCUUUUCAAUCACCCCGCCCCAUUCUCUCGCUUUCCAUCAACCCGCCCCAUUCUCCCUCCUUCCAUCACCCCGCCCCAUUCUCCCGCUUUCCAUCACCCCGCCCCAUUCUCUCGCUUUCCAUCACCCCGCCCCAUUCUCCCGCUUUCCCUCACCCCGCCCCAUUCUCCCGCUUUCAUCACCCCGCCCCUUCUCCACUUUCCAUCACCCCGCCCCAUUCUCCCGCUUUCCAUCACCCCUCCCCAUUCUCCCGCUUUCCAUCACCCCGCCCCAUUCUCCCGCUUUCCAUCACCCCGCUCCAUUCUCCCGCUUUCCAUCACCCCGCCCCAUUCUCCCGCUUUCCAUCACCCCGGCCCAUUCUCCCGCUUUCCAUCACCCCGCCCCAUUCUCCCGCUUUCCAUCACCCGCCCCAUUCUCCCGCUUUCCAUCACCCCACCCCAUUCUCUCACUUUUCAUCACCCGCCCCAUUCUCCCGCUUUCCAUCACCCCGCUCCAUUCUCCCGCUUUCCAUCACCCCGCCCCAUUCUCCCGCUUUCCAUCGCCCCGCCCCAUUCUCCCGCUUUCCAUCACCCCGCCCCAUUCUCCCGCUUUCCAUCACCCCGCCCCAUUCUCUCGCUUUCCAUCACCCCGCCCCAUUCUGCCUCCUUCCAUCACCCCGCCCCAUUCUGCCUCCUUCCAUCACCCCGCCCCAUUCUGCCGCUUUCCAUCACCCCGCCCCAUUCUCCCGCUUUCCCUCACCCCGCCCCAUUCUCCCGCUUUCCAUCAUCCCGCCGCACUCUCCCGCUUUCCAUCACCCCGCCCCAUUCUCCCGCUUUCCAUCACCCCGCCCCAUUCUCCCGCUUUCCAUUCACCC